ACUCUCGGCUCUCGAAUUAAAAUCGCUGGCGAUUCGCUUAAAUUUGCUGGUCAAUUCUCUAAACGAAUUCAGUUGAAAAAGGCGCGUUGUGCGAAACGGGCAUCACAGUUUUUAGCGGUUUAUUUUCAACUAAAAAAAAAACAAAUAAAAAACUAAAAUAAGAAACAAACAAAGCUAAAUAAAAACAAACCCCAUUGUCUAUACAAACCUUGUAAGAUCCAAGUGAUAAGAGUGUGAAUAAAGCAUUAAACAGACAGCAAAAACUAAAGCAAAAGAAGAGUGAAGACUAUCAAAAUACCGUACCAUGGCCAUAGAGUCACGCUCUACGAGCACUGCAAGUGAAACCACAAAAUCCGCCAUAAAAUCAACCACAAGCUCCAAAUCUCCAGUAACAUUCGGUAAUCUCGGCGAGAAAAGACGCGCCGAACAGCUGUUCCGCUGCGCAUGCGCCAACUUCAAUCUCCUGCUCCUGACUUUGAUUCUCGGAUUUGGCAAAUGCUGCACUGCCACGCCCACGCCGCUGAGCACGCCCUCAACGAACACGCCCACCUCGGCAGUUAGCCCACAUAAUCCACAAGCGCUGGACGAGGGCGGAUCGCUGAGCAAGCUGAUCGAUGGCAAGGCCUUCAUCAACAUGGGAUUCAAGUUCCUCAACGUUUCCGGAAAGAUUGGCACACCCCUCGGCAUAGGCCAAUCCCUGGAGGCCAAGUGCGAUGAGAAGCAGUUCCAGUGCCACAGCGGCGACUGCAUCCCCAUUCGAUUCGUUUGCGACGGCGAUGCGGACUGCAAGGAUCACAGCGAUGAGCAGAUUAAGGAGUGCAAGUUUAUAGAGGCCACUUGCUCGUCGGACCAAUUUCGCUGCGGGAAUGGCAACUGCAUACCGAACAAAUGGCGCUGCGAUCAGGAGAGCGAUUGUGCCGAUGGCUCCGAUGAAGCCAACGAAUUGUGCAUGAACGCCUGUCCCAACAACGAGUUCAAAUGCCAAACGGUCGACCAGUGCAUUCCGCGCAGCUGGCUCUGCGAUGGCAGCAACGAUUGCCGCGACAAGUCCGAUGAGGCGCACUGCAGAGCUCGAACCUGUUCACCGGAUGAAUAUGCCUGCAAGAGUGGCGAGGGGCAAUGUGUUCCUUUGGCCUGGAUGUGCGACCAGAGCAAGGACUGCAGCGAUGGCUCCGACGAGCACAACUGCAACCAGACCUGUCGUGCCGACGAGUUCACCUGCGGCAAUGGACGGUGCAUCCAGAAGCGAUGGAAGUGCGACCACGACGACGACUGCGGCGACGGAUCCGACGAGAAGGAGUGCCCAGUGGUGCCCUGCGACUCCGUGGCGGAGCACACCUGCACGAAUGGAGCCUGCAUCGCCAAGCGUUGGGUCUGCGACGGUGAUCCGGACUGCUCCGAUGGCUCCGAUGAGCGGUCCUGUGCGAAUGUUACCAAGACGACCACGCCCUGCUUGUCGCACGAAUACCAGUGCAAGGAUCGCAUCACCUGCCUGCAUCACAGCUGGCUCUGCGAUGGUGAUCGCGACUGUCCCGAUGGCGACGACGAGCACACGGCCAACUGCAAGAACGUCACCUGCCGGGCGGACCAGUUCCAGUGCGGCGAUCGCAGCUGCAUUCCAGGACAUCUCACCUGCAACGGUGACAAGGACUGCGCCGAUGGCAGCGACGAACGGGAUUGCGGAUUGAGUCUGAGUCUGGGAGUCAACCAAGGAGGAUGCAACUCAACCAGCGAAUUCGACUGCGGUGGAGGUCAGUGUGUUCCCCUCUCGAAGGUUUGCGACAAGAGGAAGGAUUGUCCGGAUGGCGAGGACGAGCCGGCUGGAAAGUGUGGGAUAAACGAGUGCGCCUCGAAGAACGGAGGCUGUAUGCACCAGUGCAUCGAUCUGAAGGUGGGCCACCACUGCGAAUGCCACGAGGGCUACAAGUUGUCUCCGGACAAGCGGAACUGCCAGGACAUCAAUGAGUGCGAAGUCCCGGGAAAGUGCUCUCAGAUAUGCGUGAACGAAAUGGGGGGCUUCAAGUGUGAGUGCGAAGCGGGCUACAUGAGGGAUCCCAAAAAUCACACCAGAUGCAAGGCCAGCGAAGGACACGCCUCCCUCCUCCUGGCCAGACGCCAUGACAUCCGGAAGAUAGCACUCGACCACAUGGAAAUGACGUCCAUAGUGAAUAGUACAAAGGCAGCCACUGCCCUGGAUUUUGUGUUCCGCACGGGAAUGAUCUUCUGGAGCGAUGUGACCACCCAGAGUAUAUAUAAAGCACCGAUUGAUGAGGGAAACGAAAAGACGGUGGUGCUGACAAAGUCCUCGGUGACCUCGGAUGGCCUGGCUGUCGAUUGGAUCUAUAACCAUGUCUACUUUACGGACACUCAUAAGUGCACCAUCGAACUGACCAACUUCGAGGGCAGCAUGGGCAAGGUCCUGGUAAAGGACUCCCUGGACAUUCCGCGCUCCAUUGCUCUGGAUCCCAUCGAGGGCUGGAUGUACUGGUCCGACUGGGGCGCCUCUCCGCGAAUCGAAAGGGCGGGUAUGGAUGGCUCUCACCGCACCACCAUCAUUAGCUAUGACGUCAAGUGGCCCAAUGGUAUCACCCUGGACCUGGUUAAGAAACGCAUCUACUGGGUAGAUGGCAAGCUUAACGUUAUCUCGUCGGCGAACUAUGAUGGCUCACAACGGAGCCAGGUGCUCUACUCUGGCGAAUACCUGCGACAUCCCUUCUCAAUCACCACCUUCGAGGACAAUGUGUACUGGACCGACUGGGACAAACAGGCGGUCUUCAAGGCGAACAAGUUCACCGGUGAGGAUGUGGAGCCCGUUACAGCAAUGCACAUGCUCCAGCAUCCGAUGGUGGUGCAUGUGUACCAUCCUUACCGCCAACCGGAUGGCGUGAAUCACUGCCAGUCGGUGAAUGGACACUGUUCUCAUCUCUGCCUGCCAGCUCCCAGAAUCAAUGAGAGGAGUCCUCGCAUAUCCUGCGCCUGUCCCACGGGUCUGAAGCUGAUGGUCGAUGGCCUCAUGUGCGUCGAGGAUCCACUUUAUUUGCCACCAGUCACGAGACCCCCGCGAGCCCGCAAAACGAAACCGAGGACAAAAUCCCCGAGGAGGCGGCUGCCCACGGGUGUCCAGCUGGGACAUGCUGACAUUCGGAUCGAAAUUAACGAUGAUCUUCAGCUGAGCACCAGGCUACCCCUGUUGCCCACGACUUUCGUUGCCGACCAGCGUCCAGUGAAAAACCAUACUCAAAUCGAAAAGACCACAACGCCCAGUGAGCAGCCGGAUUCCGGCUUUAUUGCACUGGUGGUCAUAGCCAGUCUCAGUGGAUUCGCUGUCCUGCUAUCGGUGCUCCUGCUCAUUGGCUACCGCUACUGCAGCAAGCGGCGCAUCAACUCGAUGAACUUCGAGAAUCCCAUCUACCGCAAGACCACCACCACAGAGGACCACUUCAGUUUGCGCAAAAACCUGCCGGCGCGGAUCUACGACCACACCAGUGUCAUGGAUGAGGAGUACUCACCCGUCAUAGGCAUAUCCUCGUAUUAGAUUGAUUCCUCUGGAAUCGUGUGAAAUGUGGAUUGGAUUAUUGUUGCGCUUGGUCGCUGGGAAAAUUAGAUGACCAAUGCUAACUCGAGACCCGCGGCAGAAACACACACGCCUGAAGACUGAGCAACUCUGUGUAUUGUGUAAAUUAAUUAUUUUAAAAUUUUAAGGCACGGCAAGGACGGCGGGUCACCUUGGAGCGCAUCCUUAAAGGAUGCUGUACAAAAUACUAUGUCGCAGAGUUCUAUCACAAAUAAACAAAAGAGAUAACAAAACAGAAAUAGUUACGAGAAACGUAAAAGGAAAAGAGAAAUCUAAUUGCUAAUUAUAAAUUACAUAGUUCCAAACUGUAUAUAGCUGUAAGUGUGCAUUAUUUUUAAAUGACGCAAAUUAAUAUUACUAUACGUAAACAUGACAAAGAGAUCAUUAUGCUUAUGGUCUACUAUUAGAGCGAGUUGAGAAAUUAUAUUUCUGUUGUCGAGGAGCAGAGUCGUUUUAUUAUAUUAAAAUUAUUACUACAUAUAGUACGUAUUAGCCUUUUGUUAACUGUAUUUGAUAAGUGUACAUACAUAUGAAUAUGUUUCCCAACUGAAAAGAAAAUAUGAUGAAUAAUAAACUCAGAACAUACUUAUGUGUAGCGUA